UGCCCGCUUCAACUAGGAACCAGCCAAGUUUUUCUGAACGUCAAGAAAGUUUGUUACUUAAGUUGUGUGUUACGUGAUAGUGGAGCUUUAAAAUUUCGUAUGAGCCGCUUCAUUUCCUACUGACUGUAAAGUAUGAAGAAUUCUGAGUUCCAGGAGUAAGAAGUAAUUUUAUUAAAACCCACCGAUAACUGAAAACGUCUCCUGGACGAUGGUGUAUCCUUGUUCCACCAUGCAAUCAGUGAAGGACAGUGAAGUGGGAGACCUGGAGGCUCAGCUGGCCUGUAAAGAGAAGGAGUGGAAGGAGCUCCAGGCAGCGAGGGUUCAUCAGCUGGAGAGUUCACUGAGAAAGGCCCAGGAAGAGUGCUCCACCCUCAGAGAGCGCUACCAGAGAAUAAAGGAAGGUUUCCAGUUCAACCUGGCCAUCCUGGAAGAACGGGACAAAGAGCUGGAGAAAUACGAUGUCGUAGCUACCAGAGCCCUGACUUUGGAGAAAAAUAGACAGGAGGAGGUGAAGCGGCUCCGUCUGCAGGUCAGCUGGCUGGAGGAACAGAGACGCAGAGAGGCUGGGCAGUGGAAGGAUGAGCUCAGUAAGAGUGAACAGAGUGCUGCUCAGUACAGGCUGCAGAUGGAUGAGAUCAAACUCUCCAUGGCUGGUGAAGUUCAGAAGCAAACAGAGGAGUAUGAGAGGAUGAAACUGAAUUUGCAGAACAAGAUACGAGAGGUUGAGGGAGAGCUGACCUUACAGAGACAGGUGGAAAAAACUGCUGCAGUGCUCAGCAAGAGUGACGUCAAUGAGGAUGCUGCAGACGUGCAGGAGAUGACAGUGGUGUUUAACAGUGAGCUGAGACAGCGGGAACAUGGGUUCAAUGUGAAAAUGGAUGAGAUGCGAGCGGUGGUGCUGUCUCAUGAUCUCAAGGUAAAGCUGCUAUCAAAAGAGGUUGAAGUUCACAGCCAGACACAGUUGCAGACCACAGAAGCUCUAAAAUCCACUCAGGAUUUCUGUCAGCAGAUUCAAACUCAGCUGCAGCACAAAGAGCAGGAGAUCAGAGAUGUUACUGCUGCCAAGGACUCCAGGAUAAAGGAGCUUGAGGAAGAGCUGAAACUGAUGAAGACCAAAUGUAAGAAAGAAGAUGAUGACCAUAUGAGGAAGUAUAAUGAUGUGAUCCGUGCUCUGAGGAAGUAUGAGACACAGCUUCAGGCGCAGCGUCAGGCUUACACAGAGCAGCUGCAGACAGCUGAGAAACGCAUCAUCAAACUACAGGAGGAUGGGAAGAUUCAAGCUUCAAAGUUAAUCAGUGCACAGAGAGAUCAGCAAGAGGAAAUGAAGCAUAGAGAUGAGACCAUCCACAGACUUCGCACAGAGGUGGACAGGAUCAAGAAUGGCUGGGACGAAUAUGUCAGCCAGGUCUCCAGUGAGGUGGUGGUAAAGGACACAGAAAUGAUCGCCCUGAAGGAGAGAGAAACCAAACUGAGGAGUGAGCUGGAGAGGAGCAGAGAGGAGAUAGAGGGGUACAAGCAGCAGCUGAGUGCUGGUCUGAGGAGGGAGCAGCUUCUAGAGCAGAAACGAGUCCAGGUGGAGCUGGAGUGGCAGAGACGCUGUGAGGACGUGAAGGCUGAACUAUACCUCGCCAACGAGCAGCUGAUACAAGACCUGACCUGGGCCAGAGACCAGGUAAAAGCUGAGCUGAAGGAGAAAGAACAGGAGCUGCAGGACUUGAGCAUUUUACUUCGUUCUGUUAAAACAGAAAGAGAUCAGGCAUUGCAGGGUCUCACACCACAGGUGGAUUACCUGGCUUCAGAAGAGAUCCGUCGUCUUCAGGAGCAGAAUGGCAUCCUGCGGUCUGUGGUUAACCAGAUGAGGAAGGACAUGGAGGGUCUCAGUCAUCUCCCACUCCACCCACAGACACAGACCCAACCACAGUCCUCCCCUCCACAGACAGUUAAGCCACCAGAAGCACCUUCCACCCACAGUGACCCUCAGACAACCACUGGACCCCCUCCACAGUCCACUGAGACUUCCAUUAAAGUCAGCCCAGCAGCUGCAGAUUACACUGAUGCUCUGGAGCAGGAGGUGUCUCAACUGAAGGCUCAGUGCAGGAAGUUGAAGGAGCAGCUAGAGGGUGCUACAGGACCGCUCAGCGCAUCUCCAUUUGCACAUAAACCUUCAGAGGACCUGAUACCUGCAGACAACACGAUCAUGGGGCAGCAGGGACUUGAACAAGGUGGAGGAUGUCAGGAGAAAUGUGCCAACACCUCGUCUUUAAGGAAACAGGAGUUCAGAGUGUCACACAGAGAGCCUGCUCUCACUAGCAUCACAGAGCAGGGAGUGACAAAUGCUGCUCUGGUUCGACAGCUCCAGGAGGAGAAUCUGCGUUUGUGUCGGCAGCAGCAGCAGACCUUGGCUCUGAUGUCCGGGGGUGUAUUUGAUAAAAUUGACAGUUCUCAGUUACACACCAGGCUGAAGCAGGCAGCACUGUGUAUCAGCCGUCUGAGCGUCGAGAAACAGCAGCUGAUAAAGAUGGGCAACCGCCUCCGUGCUCAGAUCACCGCUGCUGGACUACAAGAAGCAGCAGAGCCACAGAGGGACUUGUCCACAGAGACACGAGGAGACCAACAAGACAGACUGUCUGCUCUGGAGGGGCUACAGUAUCAGCUUACCACACAGGAGCUGCAGUAUGCACUGAGGCAGAUUGUGUCAACGCCUGCUGAACAACCCCGGCCUGAAAACAACAGCAGGGAUCCCGCCACAAAGGGGGCUGCUAACCCGUGGACACAGGGUCACAAAACCCCGGAAAGACCUGAGCCCUGCUCUGCUGUACCGAGCUCUCUGCUGUCGUCUGAGGAGUCGCUGCGGUCAUUAAAGGAGCUAUGGGACAAACUGGAUCAAGGACUCAGUCCAUCCAUUUUCUCAGAAGGAGAGCUGAGCAGAACGGAGGUGGCUGAGUCUGGAGCUGCUGGAGUCCAAAUGAUGAUGCAGGGAGUCAGUGCUCCUCUCCACAACCACCCACCAGCCGAGGGGAAGCAGAGGAGGAAUCCCCCUACAGCUUCUUCUUCAAACAUCAACAAGACCAGAGAGAGACCCGGAGGCCCUGGAGGGAUCAGCAAGAUCAGAAAUUACAGCAUUAAAGACUGACAAAAACAUAUCAUUAUGCAAGUGCCUUUUAGCUGAGAAAUAAAGUUUUUAACAUUUUCUGUGGCUCUCGGAGAACUUCGUAAAGACUGAGAAACUUCUCUGUGAUAUCAUUAGAUUUACCAUAGAUAUAUCAUUUAUUCUAAGAUGUUGUCAUAAUAAACAACGGAUGGAUGCCAUAUAAAAAUGGUGAACAGACACUGGGCAUACUUUUGCAUUAAAACAGCCUCUCCUGUCACCUUUUUGAAGUGCUCUUAUUCAUUUAUUCAGUUGUUUCACAUCUCUAUGACAAUCAAUUCGCUGUCAUCUCUCUACUUCUAACAAUGCAGAUGUGUAGUCUAUCUCUUUUGGUAGCAGUACACUGUUUAUUCUGAUCACCACAGAAGCAUAUCAGGUUUCUCACAGCCACUCUUGUAGUAAUGUGCUUCAAACAUGCUUAAAUAUACAAACAAUUGAUUUAGCAAACUUUAGGUCAACAAA